CCCCAUCAAAUAUCGUCUAUCCACCAUGUCCGGUCGAGAUAUGCCAGCGUACGACGCGGAUCUGUUGGCCCAGGCGCCUGAGCCGACCAAGGAGCAGAAACAGAGUGGAUAUCAAACAAAGGGCUUGCUGGACGAGCCUCGCGUCCCCAGCCCUUCCCGUACCCCCGCUCCCCCUGUGCCUGAGGCCGAAGCCUCUGGUACCAAUGGACGUACCGUAGACCUGCUGGAGAAGGGCUCCUUGGACGACCGUUCUGCAGGUGCCGUCGCCGCAGCUGCCCCCGUCAAGCGUCCAUGGUAUCGUUCCCCGAAGUGGCUGAUUAUAAUCGGUGUGAUCGUCGCAGCUAUCAUCAUUGCAGCGGUUGUUGGAGGUGUUGUGGGCUCGAGGAAUGCAAACAACAACAACUCGGCGAACAUAGACAAAGCUGGAGAUGGUUCAUCCCCAAAUACCCCAUCUGGUGCCACGCCAGGACAAGUACUCAACCCGAGUGCGUCGGUCUCUAGCACAAGCGCUGCAGCCACCGACUCUGGCGUCAUCAACCUGAACCCUGCCACUGCAUCUGCCGCCAGCUCAGAUCUAUUGGGCAAAGGAGCUGCGCCCACGCCAACUAAUUCCUAGCUCCUCGGGUGAGGGUGUGACGUCCCACGGCGACGGCUCCAGGGACAUUUUUACCACUUGUAUUUCAGUCUUUUUAUAUGACAUUGUAUAUGCA